GAGCCCAGAAGAAUACAUAUGGUGGCAAAACAGCCAAAUAGAGACAUGCAGUCCCGGGCCACAAGAAAGUGCGCCCUUUGAGUGAAAAUGACCACAACUCCAAAGCCCAGGUGGCUCUUGAAACUUCGAACCCGGUUACACAUGUGAUCCACGGGAUACCACAGCAUCCAGGCGCAAAAGGAAACACAAAAGGAAGCAACCAACAGGCACUCCAUCCGUCCACACACACAGUCAAGACGAAAAAUGGACGUUAUCAGUGUUGACAGAGUGAAGAUCUCUGGACAAUAGAAAACGCUGAAAGAGUUCUCUCACCGGGAAGAUGCUCUAUGGACAAUUCUCAGUGAGUGAAGGUAGAAAUUGCCUGUUAGGUUCCUUUCGUACCCUCCUUCUCCCGUCUCCCCCUCCCAGCUGCCAGGCCGAUAAAGCAGGAAGUCCCAUACAACAAAAAAGAGUAGUCGAAAGUACUUCCAGUCACUCACGUGUCAAGACGAAAAAUGGUGAGCAGGACCAUGCAUAAGAUAUAGAAAACAAACAUUAGAAAGAAGGGCAAUCAUAUGCGACCAGACAGCCGGCGACGGUUCUUGGCCAUAGGACACACCCCUAGCGAAAAGGAUUGGGAGCUAGGCCAGCCAAGGAAGCCACACAUGAAAAUAUAGAGCCGACAUGUUCACAGCAUUCCAACGAAAGCGUGACAGACCACAGAAAAUGGCAGGCGAAAAAGGGAUGAUCCAAGAGAGAAGUAGGAACCAGUUAUGCUUCUUAUCCUUCUUUUGCUUCUAGUCCUUCUUCUUUUCCUUGUCCUCCUUUUGCUUCAUAUGCUCCUCCACCAUCUGCUUGAGGCCAACUUGCACAGGCCUUCUUCUCGGGCUUCUCAGCGCUUCUCGUUCCUCUUCCAUUGCCUCCUCUGUUGGCGCGCAGCCUAGGUUUUCAUCAGCCUAGAAGCAGAUGAAACAACAUGCAUGUUCUUCCUGUAUUCACGUAAUGAUUUGGAAGAACUCACUGCGGCAGUGCAGCUGAAGAAGGGGCUCGUAUCGAGAUUUUUGUUUCUUACGAACGACUGGCCUCUCACUUUAAUUUUGCCCUCGCCGCCCUCCGUGCCGACAUAGAGGAACAAAGACCCUCUCUUUUCUAACUCUUCCAACGCGUCGAAGUCGGCGCGGCUAAGGCUACAGACAUAUCGACCGUUGAGCCAAGAUACACAAAUGUGGACGGACGCGAGACCUACCAGCACGAGGCGACGUUGACCGACGGAAAGUCCCCGUCCGGCUGCACAGAAGCCGCGAAUGUGCUGUACCUUGCCGCAAUACCGUCAAGAUCAAAGAUGUUUGGGCCUGUGGGAGGGCAGGUGCCUGGCAGGAACACACAAGGCAAUGUAGGAUGAAGCCUGGCAGGAACGUGCGCAUGACUCACCAGUGCAGCACUCUUUGUUGCUGAAGCCGUAGACGAUCGACUCACAGAACUGAAAACAUGACAGGCUGUGUAUGCAAAAGAACGACCAUUCUUCAAUCGUAUUGCCCUCCUUACCUCCUGGCUAUUUUCAGGUAUUUCUUUGCAGAGGAUCUGACAUCAAAACGAUUGCUGUGGCACUUGGUUCCUCUGUUGCUUUGCUUGGCCUACCUCCCAUUGAAUGUCGACGACCAUGUUGUCGUCAUUUCUCGGCAAAAAGGCCUCCGCGACAUCUCUGAGCUCACCAUCUUUGCGUACGAGGCCUGACUGUCGGAUGAUAACGACAUCCGUCACUUUAUUCGAGAACGCCGGCAACGUCUUGUCACCAAGCAACAGGUCCAGAAUAUCUAUAUCACAAAACCGAAAAAUGGCUCACCAUACAUGCCACAAAACCAUACCGGAUCGCUCACCAGUGCCACAUACGGUAUCUUCGUCAUUGGGCGAAGGCUCCUGUUCCGGGAACUCCCCCGGAAACAGAUAGGUGGUUCUUGUGUCGACGUAAUCUUGACAGCACAUAAUCCAGUGAACAAAAGAAAGAUGGAAACGAAGAAAUGUCCGCGCAUGUACGUACCUCGCAAUUUGCCCUUUGUGUCGUCGUCGAAGACAAAUGUAUACGCAUCACCGCAAUCUUGGGUCGUUUCAUCACACGGCGGGACAGGGAACUCAUCCUGUGCGCGGCUAGUCGUCACCUUGGGGCUGAGAAUGUCGAUGAGUGCAUCCUUCUCUAUAGUGACAGAGUCCGGGCACGUUAACUACAAUCAAGAGGACAAGAAAUGACCGUCGUCGAGAAGAUGACCGUCUGAGAAGCAGUAUAGCUCACCUUUGUCGUCCCAGAGUCUUCCUCAGACGGAUUCAACAAGGCAUCGGUCAUCUAAAGAAAGAUAUCACUACCACAAUCAAUCACUUGCAGCUAUAUUCUUUCGUGUCUUACCAGCUGCUCUUCGCGCCCCUCGUCGCCCAAGGGGCAUUCUGCAACAGGAGACACAACGUAGCACAUGGCAACACAGACAUGUGCCAACUUUGGGGCUCAGACUUUUAUCCUUACUCGAGAAGAAGCACUGCUCGCCGUCAACCGGUUCCUCCGUAAAACAACAACGGGCUUUCUCACAACGUUCUUGCAGCGGUUUUCCGUCGUCAUCGUCUAAAGAAGGUGAACAAAGCAGGGAAAUUGUACUCUUGUGUCUCCCUCUUCCUCCCCCUCCCCCUUACCGUCGUCAUCAUCGUCGUCAUCCUGAAGGCGUCGCUUCAUGGCAGAAUUAUCCCUGAGACGCCGGCGGCGGCGGUCAUCAUCGUCAUCGUCAUUGUCAUCGUCAUUGUCAUCGUCAUUGUCAUCGUCAUUGUCAUCGUCAUUGUCAUCGUCAUUGUCAUCGUCAUCGUCGAUUGGGGUGCAAACGCGUGCCGGGUCCGUGGCAGGACCGAAGUCUGGGAAUUCUUCAGUGUCGCAGUAGCCAGUCUCAGGCGUAGGCAUCCUGGGGGGAGGCGGAGCUCCACAGCCUUCCCCGUCACAUUGUCUCUUAAACUGUCUUCCUUCCUCAUCUCUUGUGCCCUGUGCUCCUACCAGGGGGAGCACCACAGCGAAGAGGAUGAGGAACGCGGAUAAGCAAAUCGCCGGUUGCAUUUUCGAGCUGCCUUUGAGCUUUUAGAAUUCG